CCAGGGCCUCUGUAAAGCUGGGUGUGCUGCAAGAGGAGGAGGAGGAGGAGGAGGCCUCUGCCCCUCCAAGCGUGGCCUCCCAUGGACACCAAGACACAGAGCCUGCCCAUCACCCACACCCAGCCCCACAGCAACUCCCGGCCCCAAGGCCACACCUGCAGCCAGUGCACCUGCAGCUCCCACUGCCAAACCUGCAGCCAGAGCUGCAGCCAGAGCCCAACUGGCCACCACAGCUCGUCUGGCCAUCAGAGCCAGAGCCCGCACCCCACCCUGCCACCGAGGCACCAAAAACACACCAGGCACUCCCACCACUGUCCCCCUCGGCCCACCACCCAUUCCUGCAGCUAUCCCAAGAACAGAAAGAACUUCGAAGGAAAGGUGAACAAGAGGAAGGUGGUCAAGAGGAGCCAGCAGGUGUAUAAAACAAAGAGGCGGAACUCAGGGCGGAAAUAGAACUGAGAAGGCACCCCAUGGCUUGUUCCUGUGUUGGUUUCACCCAAGUAAGAAGGGCCAUCACGCGUGGAAGGCUAGAAGGAAGUCCACCUUUGUGCAGGAACAUGUUACUACAGUGAUUUCUAUGCAACAUUGAUUAAAGCUUGUACACCGGAUGACUA